AUGAUAAUCCUGGGCCUGGCCGUCCUCUCUGCCGCAGUCUGCAUUUUCUCUCUGGGGGUCGGGCUGUGGGUAAUCUGCACCCAUUUUCUCACAGCAAACAUCCCUGCAGCUAUCAGCCACCCUGUGAAACUGCGGGUCCUCCACUGUAUUCUUCUGCUGUUGAUGACAUGGGGGAAAAUUUUUGAGAAGCUGAGAAUCUGUUCCAUGCCCGAGUUUAUCCGUUUCAUGCACGAUCUGAAGCCACUGAAGACGGACCCGGAUAUCGUGGUCACAGAUCUCCACUUUGGGACUGUCCCGGUGAAGCUGUACCAGCCCAAGUCCUCCCUCUGCACCCCCCGGCCUGGCAUUGUGUUCUUCCACGGGGGCGGGGGCGUUAUGGGGAGCCUGAAAACCCACCAUGGCAUAUGCUGUUGUUUGUCCAAGGAGAGUGACUCUGUGGUUUUGUCAGUUGGAUACCGCCAGGUACCCAAGGGUAAGUUCCCAGGGCCUCUAAGAGACUGCAUUGUGGCCACCACCCACUUCCUGAAGUCCCUGAAUGCGUAUGGGGUGGAUCCAACCCGUGUCGUGCUCUGCGGAGACAGUGUGGGAGGCUCAAUAGCAGCGGUGAUUUGUCAGCAGUUCGUGGACCGUGCGGAUCUGCCCCGGAUUCGUGCGCAGAUUCUGAUCUACUCUGCGUUCCAAGCCAUGGACUUCCAGCUCCCUUCCUUCCAGCAGAAUGCAGAAGUCCCACUCGUCCAAUGGAGUCUUCUCUUCUACUGUUUUGCUUCUUUCCUGGAUUUCAGCCCUUCCUGGGAAGACGCCAUCAGGAAAAAUGCUCAUUUGCCUGCCAGUGUCUGGGAAAAAUAUCGCAAGUGGUUGGGACCAGAAAACAUCCCAGAGAGGUUUAAGAAGAGAGGAUACAGACCAGUGCCCCCUGCACCCCUCAAUGAAGACGCUUACCUGGAGACAAAUCUGCUUCUGGAUCCAAGGUGCUCGCCCCUGAUUGCAGAAGAUCACGUCAUAUCUCGGCUCCCUGAAGCUUGCAUCGUGAGCUGUGAGUUUGACAUCAUCCGCGACCAUUCGCUGCUGUACAAGAAGAGGCUGGAAGACUUGGGAGUGCCAGUGACCUGGUGCCACCUGGAGGAUGGUUUUCAUGGAGUGUUCAACACCCUUGACAUGGGCUGGUUGCAUUUCCCCAGCUCCAGGAAGAUUAUGAAUGUGCUAGUCCGUUUUAUAAAGGGGUUGUGA